AGGCAGUUGUCUAAUCCUGGGCUGUCGACCGUUAAGCCCUCCGCUUUUUCCUCAUUGUCAUCAUUCCCAUUGUGUAAAGCCAUGUCUAGGCAGAGCGGUAUCGAUAUACAAAGGCGUAAUACCCCCUGGUGUAUUAUCCAGCUAUAUGAAGCCACCAACCUCGGAGGCGUCAAAUACAGAUAACCAUUCAUUUAUUCAAAUCUCAUCUCAGCAAAUUCUAACUCCAUGUACCCUAGUUGUGCACCAAUCUCAUAAUUCCACACGAAGCUACUGCCUUAUCCCCAAGGUCUUUCUUUAUAGCAUCACUUGCUUGCUUUUCCCGUUACCAAACGCUAGAUUGAGUGGCGAGCUCUGAUAAAACGGCCAUACUAAGGCUGGUCUUGGCAUUCUAUUGCCUUGGGCAAGUCGAAUAUUGCUACAAUGCCGUCUGCGACUCCUAAUGUUCCGGCCAUUGGUGCCAAGGAUACCAAGCCGACGUUCAUCGAGGUGCCAGUCACGAAUGGGAUCGGCAACGGGUUCGGAAGACGGCUUAACAGUAGGGCAACAUGGAACGGACAUGAACAUCCUCAUAGCACAAGUGCUUCAGAUUGUUCGUCGGACACUUUCAACAAUAGCUUCUACGGGCUUAAUGCUAGUGACGCGUGGAACCAUGCUGAACCUAAUCCCGGUCGCAGGUUUAGUGUUGACGAUGAAUCAGGAGAACAGCAACCUCGCGCUUUUCCCCGGAUACAGCCCUGGGGAGAUGAUCCUAAAACCGCACAGUUCCCUCGUAUAUCCAAGCCCGUGGAGCUUAUGCGCAACUCAUACGACUGUGUUGUCAUCGGCUCUGGUUACGGUGGCGGCGUGGCGGCGUCCCGCAUGGCUCGCGCCGGUCAAUCGGUUUGUCUCCUUGAGCGCGGCAAGGAACGCUGGCCAGGGGAGUAUCCCGUCAGCACCGGUGAUGCCCUUAACCAGGUCCACUAUUCCGGCGAGCUCGCCCCCGGUUGGCUACCCAAGAAGGUAGUCGACGGUGGGGAUCCUACCGGUAUGUAUCAUUUAAUAUUCGGCAACUGUCAAAAUGCAGUUGUUUGCAAUGGUCUCGGUGGUACCAGCUUGAUCAAUGCCAAUGUAUACUUGCCAGCGGACAAAGACACGCUGCGACAAGACGCAUGGCCGAAGGAAAUCAGAGAAGAUCCUGACUCUUUGGACGAAUAUUAUAGGAGAGCAGAAGAGGUCUUGGAACCAGAACCGUACCCCGAUGACUGGCCAAAAUUGCCAAAACUCGAACUCCUAGAGAGACAAGCAAAGUAUCUAAACAUGUCAAAUAAGUUUCGACGAGUGAAACAGACAACGCGAUUCCGUAAUGGUCCAAAUAGCUGUGGUGUGGAAAUGUUUCCAUCAGCACUCACCGGCCAGGAUGUCACAGGUCUAAACGACGCGUCUAAGAACACCACGCUGGUUACGUACCUGGCUGACGCGUGGAACUGGGGUGCCGAUUUAUUUUGCGAGGCCGAGGUACGAUACAUAACUGAGGCUCCUGGCGACCAAUCCGGGUAUAUCAUCUAUUUCGCUUGGCAUGGGCGGAAUCGUGGCCACUUCAAAGCAAACCUACACGGCGACCUUAUGUGGGUCCACGCAAAGAGUGCUGUCUUUCUCGGUGCUGGUACUAUCGGAACAACCGAGAUUCUCCUUAGAAGCAGGGACAUGGGGCUCGAGUUGAGUGAGAAAGUAGGCCAGAACAUGAGCGGCAAUGGGGAUAUCCUAGGGUUCGGAUACAACACCGACUAUGAGGUGAACGGAAUGGGGAAAGCCUCCCCGUCUCCUUCUCAUCCUAUUGGGCCUUGUAUAACCGGCAUCAUAGACAAUAGAGAAGGCCACGAGAACCCCUUGGAUGGCUAUGUUAUCGAGGAAGGGUCUAUACCGUCAGCCCUUGCGCCCUUUUUACAGGCUAUGCUUGAGCUCCUGCCUGGUAGCAUUGAGCCGACCGGCGAAGGCCUUGUUGGUAGAGUGAAGGCAAACCUUGCUCGCGCAGGAAGCGCACUUCUCGGUCCCUACUAUCGGAAAGGCGCCAUUGAGAGGACACAAGUGUACUUGAUUAUGUCCCAUGACAGCAACCAAGCGUACUUAACUCUAAAGGACGAUAAGCCUGUCCUUGAGUUUGUAGGUGUCGGCCGUAGUGAUCAUGUUAAGUACCUAAACCGUGUACUAGAAAGAGCUACAAGAGCGGUUGGGGGAACAUACGUUAAUAACCCCUGGCAUGCUCUCUUAGGAGAACAGCAAAUUACGGUUCAUCCGAUUGGUGGUGCUUGUAUGGCUCGCGAUGGGACUGGUUCGACCGGCGUUACAAACCAUAGGGGUGAGGUCUUUAAAGGUUCCGGAACAGAGACCUACUCUGGUCUCAUUGUCACAGAUGCUGCGGUUAUCCCGACCGCCCUCGGCGCAAACCCAUUUGCGACUAUCACAGCCCUAGCCGAACGGUCUGUGGACCACUAUAUCAAGGAGAGGGGUCUCACAAUCGACAUGACACAGAAUAAAAUUCUCGAUCUCUUCGGCGCCCCUGAACAUAGCCACCACCGUAAAAGAAGUGGCUGGAAAGAGCGCGCUGAGGAGAGGCAAGAGACAGCCAAACUAAACAGUGCAACGAAGGCGAUGAUCUCUGCUCGACGCAUGAAUGAAUCCGGGUUCGGUUUCACGGAAGUCAUGUCUGGAUAUAUCCAUAGAGACAAGGGUCUCAAGCGAGAUAACAUAGACACAUACGAGCUGGCAGCCAGGACUGCGAAAUCCUUAAGCGAAACAGCGCGAUUCUUUCUCAGCGUGCAGUCCUUUAGCCUCAGGUCGACCAUACGCGAUCCCAGCCAUAAAGCAACGCUAACAGGUACCUUUGUCUGUCCUACCCUCGAGGGUUCCCCGUUCAUGGUCCAGCGGGGAGAUUUCAAUUUAUUUUUGUUGGAUCGAAAAGCACCUGGGACACGAAACCUGACGUAUGAUUUCGACAUGCGUGGAGUCAAUGGGAGGCAGCUGCAUUUCCACGGCUAUAAAGUUGUUGAUUCGUCUGUCGCGUUGUCGCCGAUGCGUUUCUGGAAAUCCACUAGCACUCUCUAUGUUACCAUCACUGAGCCCAUUUCAGAAUCACAGCGAACGUGUACGGAUGCGGACGAAUGUGGCCUCCUGGGAGAAAUCGUUGCUAAGGGUAUCAUGAGUAUCCGAGCAGAGGAUUUCCUUUCCGAAGUUCUUACCCUCACCCCCACGGGCAGUAGUAUUUUCAAGAAGGUCUUGAGUGCAGCUAACUUCCUGACAUUUUUUACUCGAAAGUCGAUGUCACUUCUCCUAUCACCGCUUACACCCUUACAAUACCCCGCGCAGGCAUACACUGGAUAUAUAAACAACACGCCUCCGACCGAGGUGUACAAGGUUCAUGCCUCCGACGGGGUUGUUACUAGAUUAUAUAGGUGGGAGCCCACAAACACGACGAUUGAAACCAAGAACCUGUUUAUGAUCCCCGGAGCUUCGGUGGACCAUCAGAUAUACGCACUCCCCACCAUCCGCUAUAAUGCAGUCAACUACUUCCGUCGAGCUGGCUACAGAGUGUGGGUUCCUGUUCAUCGUAUCUGCAUGCUGAUGGUUGCACAAGACGAUUGGACAACGUUCGAUGCACGUUUAGAUCUGAAAGCUUGCCUGGAGAAGAUCCGAAAAGAAACCAAGGAACCUGAUAAGGACCCUGAACCUGUAUACACCAUUGCACACUGCAUGGGUAGCGUAGCAUUCUCAGCCGGUCUGCUCGACGGCACAAUCCCCGCGAAAUGGAUCAAGGGCAUAACCUGCAGCCAAGUUUUUAUGAACCCGAAAUGGAAUACUUUAAACAUGAUCAAGAUUAUGGCCUUGCCAAUUCCAGCCGAUACGAUAUACCGGUUCUUGUCGGGAGAUUGGUUCAACUUUAGCACGACUGUAAACGAUUCCUUGAUUCAGAGAACUCUUAACGAGUUACUGCGCGUCAUGCCGGAUGAGCGCAAGGAGCUCUGCAACAACGUAAGCUGCCACCGUAUCACGUUAGCGUUGGGACGGUGUUGGAACCACCGUAACCUUAACGAGGCGACUCACCGACAGAUCGACCGUUUCUUCGGAGGCAUCAGCAUGACGCUCUUGCAUAUGCUCAUGAAGCAGGGUUACGAGGGAGGUGUGAUGAGCAACGCUCCCCUAUUUGAGCGGUUAGACACUCCGGAGAACAUUCACAGGCUAAAAGGUGUUCCGAUCAUGCUGUUUGUCGGCCGCGACAACGCUGUUCUGUCACCCGAAUCUACGGAGCGGACAUACGAGGUCCUCACAGAUACAUUCGGGACGGGUGACCACGCGAGCGGCAUCCAGUACCGGCGCCGCGUAGUCCCAGACUACGGACAUCUCGACUGCUGGAUGGGACGUAACGCCUGGAAGGACGUAUAUCCGUUCGUCCGCGAGGAAGUCGACCGCGUUGUGCGGGGAGAAGAGUAUAGGUUCCGGGAGCCGGCUGAUCAUUUUUCGGAGCUGGUUCUUAGCGGCAAAUUACUUUACUAACCUUAGGUUAGGUAGUGUUAUGUAUACCAUCGUUAAGUUAACCGCCUUGUAAAAAACUAAGGGUUUUGUACAAACUAGGGGAAAGGGGAAGAGGCGUUGGGGUAUUGGAUUGCUUUGAGUUGGGCGUUGGAUAUGCGGAUGUGAAUAUGGCUGUAUGGGUAUAGGUAUAGGUGUGGAGGAAAAGCUGAUGAAGUCUGAUAUAAGUGUACCAAUAUUUUCUUACUUAUUGGUUAUCAUGUUUACUGCUAUUACCUAGAUGUAUAAGGGGUGGCUCCUGUUUGGCGGGUUUCGAUCUCUGUACUAUUAAGUUACUCCUGUAAGUUACCCUGGGGGCUCUGCUUGUCUUAUAUAAAAGACCUUCGCCUUUGGCUGUUGUCUGACUGUUUAAGUUUCCUCUUGGUCUUUCUAGCUAGCUAGCGUAGGACUUUGUGUAAUGAUAUAGAUCAUUUUCUUAGGCAGGCUGUUCUAACUAGUAUUGCAUAUACCUACC